UUUUUCAUUUCUCUCAUUCAAUACCAAAAAAAGGAAAGAAAAAAAAACUCUCCAUCUUCUUCACUUCCUUAAUUUCUUUUCUUUGACUUGCUAAGCCUAUUUUUUGUUCCUUUUUCAUCAAAUCAAAACCCACAAUUUGUCAUUUCAUUAUUUUUUUGGGUGAUUAAUUCAUCUUCUUGAGCUGCAAAUUGCAUGAGCCAGUUUUCUUUAUCAGAAACUCUGAGGAGUUCUAUCCGGCUUUAAAGCGUUGAAUGUGAGAAGAUGGGGUGUUUCACAGUCUUGAAAAGCAAGAAGAAAAAGCCUGAGCCUUCGGUUUCCUUCAAACGUGUUAGUCCUAAGGAGCAAAUUCCGACCACAUUACCUGAGCCUCAAAUCCCAACCCGGACUUUACAGUCGGCGCCACCUAGUUUUAGGACAAGAGUGAAACCUGUUCAGCAAGAAAACAGAGCAGCUUACAAUAGAACGCGUGCUUUGUCUGCUCCGGAAAGCCUUGAUGCUGCAGAACAAGAUGAUCUUGCUGAGGUUGAAUGCGAUGAGCAUGAAGAGUCAAAGAGUAGAGUUAGUGCAGCAAGGGACCACCCAAGCCCGCAGCCUCUUCCUCUUCCAACUGCUGUACUGAAGCCUGCAAGUAGCUUUAAAUCCGCGAGUGGCAGCGGCCCGCUCUGUGUUUCCGGGCCAUUACCACUGCCACCAGGUGUAACACACAGUGGAACAUUAAAGACCUUCUCAUAUGAUGAAAUUAUGUCAGCUUGCCGCAAUUUCUCUUCAGAUCGAUGUGUAUCAGAAGGUCUUUCUUCUAUCAUAUACUGGGCUUCCUUUGGGGAUGAUACUUCAAGUUCAAAGAAGUUUGACGCCACUGUUACACGCCUUCAUCCCUCUCCCCAGGGCUUGAAGGAAUUUAUAAGUGAGGUUCAUACACUUGCAUCCCUGCGACAUCCAAACCUAUGUAAACUGCUUGGUUAUCAUGCACACAAUGCCAAUGGGACAGAACAGAGGAUGCUAAUAUAUGAGAGGCUUUAUCACGGUAGCUUGGACCGUCUUUUAUAUGGGAGAUUGGAUGGCCCUCCACUUGAUUGGAACACCAGAAUGAAAAUUGCUUUAUGUGCUGCACAAGGUCUUACUUUCUUGCAUGAAGAGGGGCCCUUCCAGGCAAUGUACAAUGAAUUCUCUACUGGAAACAUACAGAUCGACAAAGAUUUUAGUGCGAAGCUUUCAGGAUACGGUUGUGUCGGUCAUAUUCCUGAGACAGAUAUCCCGAACAGUUCUGGGGCUCUUGCGAAUCUGUCAGUGGAGACGCUCGAGAGAGGACUAUUGACCCCAAAGAGCAAUGUAUGGAGUUUUGGAAUUGUUCUGCUUGAACUACUGACUGGCAGGAAGAAUCUCGAUAAUCGCCAUCCCAAGGAAGAGAGGAAUUUAGUUAGGUGGACCCGGCCUUAUUUAGCUGAUGAGUGCAGACUGUCACUCAUUAUGGAUCCUCAGCUAAAAGGGCGAUUCCCACCAAAUGCAGCACGGACAAUAGCGGAAAUUGCCGUUUGCUGCCUUCAGAACAACCCAUUGGAAAGACCUACUAUGAGAGGUGUUGUAGAAAAACUUAAAGUUAUACAAGACAUGAAAUAUUCUACUCGAUUUCCGUUGCAAGAGCCGGCUGCAGUUGCUGGCAAACACAUGUCUAGAUCACCAAGCCUUAACGGGAUCAUCACUCCAGCACCCAGGUUGAGUUUCUCACCUUCCCCACCAUCAAGAACCCGACCAUCAGUUUCUCCGACAAGGCCACCUGCAUUGCCCUUAUCGCUCCCUCCACGUGCGUGCUCCUCAAACUUCUCGAACUUCUCGUUGGACGAAUUGGAACGACAGGAAAGCCGGAAAUCAUCGUCAGCUGUUCGGAGGGCUAGUGUUGAAGGGUUUUGAUUGUUGAUAUGUAUUUUUUUCAUUUUUUUUUUCUUUUCUGGAUUUUUUUUUUCGAUUUGCUGAUUCAAUAGAAUAUAUAGAAAGAUAAAAAUGUGGUUCUUCCACCUUGCAAUCCCUCAAGAUGAAAAGAGAGGAUGUUAUUUUGUAGAUAUAGAGUGCAAACCAUCUGUAAUCCACAAUGCCAUUUAUUUAUAUGAUAGUGUUCUUAAUCCUCUA